AUGUAUCUUCAACUCCUCCUUCGGCUCUUACUGGCCGCCCUCUUCGGCACCUCGACUGCAUCCGCCCUUCCGAACCAAGAACCGAAAUCUCGAGAGGUCACGAGCCCUACGCACGUCAGGUCAGACACUCAGACAAGUCCCGCAAGCACGCCGAUCUACCACCGCAGCCUAGAAAGGCCAGCACAACCAUCUCUCAACGACGAAAGUGAGGAGAGCGCCCAAGGAACGCAUUUCGCAUACAUCGCGGACGGCAUGAAAAUGAAGAUCAAGGCCAGGAAUAUGGAUAACACGGAAGAAUAUGGACGCAUUUACAAGCGGGAGACAAAGGGCGUAGCUCUCAUUGCCGUUGGUGUUGUCCUUGGGGUUGGUUUUCUGUGCGCCGUCGGCCUGUGGUUGCACUACAGGCACCGUUAA